AUGAGUUUAAAUCUUGGAAUGAGAUGCAGCACCGUUCUGCCUAAUAAAGCAACGUUAACUGAGCAGAACUUGCCGGACCAGAGUGGAAAGGUGUUCCUUGUCACAGGUGCCUCUGGAGGCCUCGGCAAACUUCUCACAGAUAUCCUGUAUCGUCAUAAUGGCAAGGUUUACCUUGCUGCCCGGUCCGAGUCGAAGACAAAGGAGGCCAUCGAGGAGAUCAGGGCGGCCCAUCCGUCAUCAAAGGGUGAACUGAUCUUUCUCAGCGUGCAGCUCGACGAUUUAACCACCAUCAAGAAGGCAGCUGAUGAAUUCUUGGCGAAAGAGGAUCACUUGGAUGUUCUUUGGAACAAUGCAGGUGUCAUGGUCCCCCCCGAAGGCUCUCGAACAAAGCAGGGCUAUGAGCUCCAGUACGGUGUGAACAACAUCGCCCACUUUUUGCUUACGCAUUUUCUUCGCCCGGCACUCGAGACUGCGGCAAAACAAGCACCUAGAAACUCGGUCCGCGUCAUUUGGGUUUCUUCAAGUGCUGCCGAUGCUGCACCAAAUCCUGCUGUCGAUCUGACCAACAUGGAUUACCAACGAGAGGAGGGUGCUUGGAUGAAAUACUCACGUAGCAAGGCGGCUAGUGUAAUUCAUUCGGCGGAGUUUGCACGAAGAAACAAGGGUACGGGCAUUAUUAGCCUGGCUCUUAACCCCGGAAAUUUCGUGACGAAUCUUCAGCAAAAUAUGUCCAAGAUGGAACUCACGAUGUUUAAACUCAUUGCGUCGGAACCGAUAAAUGGCGCUUAUACCGAAUUGUUCGCAGGUAUCAGUGACAAGAUUACAGAGGAGAACAACGGAGGAUGGGUAUCCCCUUUCGGUAAGCUUGAGAAAGUCCGAAAAGACUUAGUGGAGCCGGCCCUCGGAGAGAAGUUUUGGGACUGGACUUUAGAACAGGUGAAACCCUACCUGUAG